AUGAAGUACCUAGCUGCUUAUUUGUUGUUGAAUGCUGCUGGCGCUGAACCAAGUGCCGAAAAGGUGAAGGCUGUUUUGUCUUCCGUUGGUAUUGAACCAGAAGAAGAAAAGGUUGGCGCUCUAUUGACCUCCCUUGAAGGUAAGAACGUCGAUGAAUUGAUCGCUGAAGGUAACGAAAAAUUGUCAUCAAUUCCUUCUGCUGGUCCAGCUCCAGCUGCAGGUGCUGCUGGCGGUGACGAAGCUCCAAAAGAAGAAGCUAAGGAAGAAGCUGCUGAAGAAUCUGACGAUGAAAUGGGCUUCGGUUUGUUUGAUUAA